GCAGCCCCGCGCCACCGCGGCCAGUCUCACCUGGCGGCGCCGCCCGCCCACCGCCCCAGCCACAGCCCUUGCGCCCACGGCGACAGCCGCGGCGACCACGACAGCGGUGGGGGACGCUGCUGAGUCGAAGAGAGCGCAGCCCGGCCACCGGACCUACUUACUCGCCUUGCUGAUUGUCUGUUUUUAUAAGAGUUUACAACUUUUCUAAGAACUUUUGUAUACAAAGGAACUUUUUAAAAAAGACGUCUCCAAUUUAUACUUUAAACAAGAAGGAUCUCGGGCAACUUGGGGUUUUGGUUUUGGCUUCGUUUCUAAGUCUUUUUCCUCUUCGUUGAGUUUGGGGUUCGUUUACCCCCGCUGCUUCGGAUUCCCGAGGACUUUCUGGGCCCCCACAUUAAUGAGGCAGCCACCUGGCGAGUCUGACAUGGCUGUCAGCGACGCGCUGCUCCCGUCCUUCUCCACGUUCGCGUCCGGCCCGGCGGGAAGGGAGAAGACACUGCGUCCGGCAGGUGCUCCGAAUAACCGCUGGCGGGAGGAGCUCUCCCACAUGAAGCGACUUCCCCCGGUACUUCCCGGCCGCCCGUACGACCUGGCGGCGGCGACCGUGGCAACAGACCUGGAGAGCGGUGGAGCCGGCGCGGCUUGCGGCGGUACCAACCCAGCGCUCCUACCCCGAAGGGAGACGGAGGAGUUCAACGAUCUCCUGGACCUGGACUUUAUCCUCUCCAACUCGCUGUCCCAUCAGGAGUCGGUGGCCGCCACCGUGUCCUCGUCGGCGUCAGCCUCAUCCUCGUCCUCCCCGUCUAGCAGUGGCCCUGCCAGCGCGCCCUCCACCUGCAGCUUCAGCUAUCCGAUCCGGGCCGGGGGCGACCCGGGCGUGGCGCCGGGCGGCGCGGGCGGCGGCCUUCUCUAUGGCCGGGAGUCUGCUCCUCCUCCCACGGCUCCCUUCAACCUGGCGGACAUCAACGACGUGAGCCCUUCAGGCGGCUUCGUGGCCGAGCUCCUGCGACCCGAAUUGGACCCAGUGUACAUUCCGCCGCAGCAGCCGCAGCCGCCAGGUGGCGGGCUGAUGGGCAAGUUCGUGCUGAAGGCGUCGCUGAGCGCCCCUGGCAGCGAGUAUGGCAGCCCGUCGGUCAUCAGUGUUAGCAAAGGCAGCCCUGACGGCAGCCACCCGGUGGUGGUGGCGCCCUACAGCGGCGGUCCGCCGCGCAUGUGCCCCAAGAUCAAGCAGGAGGCCGUCUCCUCGUGCACUGUCGGUCGGCCGCUAGAGGCCCACCUGGGCGCUGGACCCCCGCUGAGCAAUGGCCACCGGCCGACCGCACACGACUUCCCCCUGGGGCGGCAGCUCCCCAGCAGGACUACCCCGACCCUGGGGCCUGAGGAACUGCUAAGCAGCAGGGACUGUCCCCCUGCCCUGCCGCUUCCCCCAGGCUUCCAUCCCCACCCCGGGCCCAACUACCCACCCUUCCUGCCCGACCAGAUGCAGCCGCAGGUCCCGCCGCUCCAUUAUCAAGAGCUCAUGCCACCCGGUUCCUGCAUGCCGGAGGAGCCCAAACCGAAGAGGGGAAGAAGAUCGUGGCCCCGGAAAAGGACCGCCACCCACACUUGUGAUUAUGCGGGCUGCGGCAAAACCUACACAAAGAGUUCUCAUCUCAAGGCACACCUGCGAACCCACACAGGUGAGAAACCUUACCACUGUGACUGGGAUGGAUGUGGGUGGAAAUUUGCCCGCUCAGAUGAACUGACCAGGCACUACCGCAAACACACAGGGCACCGCCCUUUCCAGUGCCAGAAAUGCGACCGGGCAUUUUCCAGGUCGGACCACCUCGCCUUACACAUGAAGAGGCACUUUUAAAUCCCAAACAAUGGAUAGGACCCACACUGCCAGAAGAGAAUUCAGUAUUUU